AUGGGGGAUGAUGGAGAGAGAGUCAUUUCCGGAACUCGACGGCCAGAUGGCACCUACAGGAAGGACGUGAAAGUCAGGGCAGGCUACGUGCCCCAGGACGAGCAGCCUGUCUACGUCCCAAGGGGCGCCUUGGCGCAGCGUGGCGGUCCCAAAGUUCCUGGCCUGGACAAUUCAGAUCUGGAAGCUGCAAAGGCUGCAGCUAGAUCAAAGGCAGCCAAAAAGAACGCGCAAAGAAAAGCGAAGAAGGCUUCUGAGGAUACUGUAGCGGUUAGCAGAGUGAGCAAUGGUUUAGCAGCUGUCAGGUUGGGUGACUGGGGCAGCGACGGCGGGCAGCCCGCUGCUAAACCAGCUACCUGUAGCUCCCAGCCGGCCGCCGCGGCCGCGGCGCCGGUGCCGGCACCCGACCAGGAAGUUUCCGGCGGUCAGCCGUCAGCUGCCGAGAAGCUGCUGCGAGCUCUGCAGAAAAAGCUGAGGCAGUGCGAGGCCUUGCAAGAACGAGAAGAAAAGGGGGAGGAUCUGACGCAGCCAGAAAAGGAGAAGCUGUCAAAGAUGCCUGCAUGGAGAGAAGAAGCGAAGCAGCUUGAAGAGCUUGUGGUCAAUAGCUGA